AAGUCCCUUACUCACAUUCAUUUCGGGUGUCGAAAAUCGAAAACCAUGGACUCUCUUGUACAACAAGCCUUACAACAACCCGCGCCUAUUGCCCUUCUCUCCAUCAUCCCUGUCAUAUUUCUCCUCGGCGUACUUUUCCGGUCCCGAAAGUGUUUACCUUAUCCGCCGGGACCUAAGGGACUGCCCAUCAUCGGCAACAUGACGAUGAUGGACCAGUUAACCCACCGUGGCCUUGCCAAACUAGCCAAAGAGUACGGCGGCAUCCUCCACCUCCGUAUGGGGUUCUUGCACAUGGUGGCUGUCUCGAGCGCUGACGUAGCUCGGGAAGUCCUUCAAGUACAAGACAACAUUUUCUCGAACCGACCGGCGACCAUAGCCAUCAGCUACCUAACCUACGACCGUGCCGACAUGGCUUUUGCUCAUUAUGGACCCUUUUGGCGCCAGAUGAGGAAGCUGUGCGUGAUGAAGCUCUUCAGCCGCAAAAGAGCUGAGUCGUGGGAGUCGGUGAGGGACGAGGUCGACACGACCGUGAGAGUCGUGGCGGCCAACACCGGCUCGGCGGUAAACAUCGGCGAGCUGGUGUUUUCCCUCACCAAGAACAUCACAUACAGGGCUGCUUUCGGGACCAGCUCGAAUGAAGGGCAGGACGAGUUCAUUGGGAUACUGCAGGAGUUUUCCAAGUUGUUUGGAGCGUUUAACAUUGCGGAUUUCAUUCCCGGCCUCGGGUGGCUCGACCCGCAGGGGCUUAACAAGAGGCUAGCCAAGGCUCGUGAGUCGCUUGACAAGUUCAUCGACACCAUCAUAGACGACCACUUACAGAAGAAGAAAAAGACUGGGAAUUUGGACGAAGGUGAAACUGACAUGGUGGAUGACUUGUUAGCGUUUUACAGUGAAGAGGCAAAAGUGAAUGAGUCGGAGGAUAAUUUACAAAAUGCCAUCAAUCUUACCAGAGAUAACAUCAAAGCCAUCAUCAUGGACGUAAUGUUUGGCGGCACAGAGACGGUGGCGUCGGCGAUAGAAUGGGCCAUGUCGGAGCUAAUGAGAAGCCCGGAGGACCUAAAGAAGGUUCAACAAGAGCUCGUCGACGUUGUGGGACUAGACCGCAGGAUCGAAGAAAGCGACCUCGAGAAGCUGACGUACCUAAAAUGCACACUCAAAGAAGUACUCCGGCUGCACCCUCCGAUCCCUCUCCUCCUCCACGAGACGUCGGAGGACGCGGAGGUCGCAGGGUACAGCAUCCCCAAGAAGUCAAGAGUCAUGAUCAACGCGUGGGCGAUUGGGCGUGACAAUAACUCAUGGGAGGACGCCGAGUGUUUCAAACCCUCGAGGUUUUUGAAGGAAGGAGUUCCUGACUUCAAGGGUAGUAACUUCGAGUUCAUUCCGUUUGGCUCGGGCAGGAGGUCGUGCCCGGGGAUGCAGCUAGGGCUUUACGCGCUGGAGCUGGCGGUGGGGCACUUGCUUCAUUGUUUCAGUUGGGAGUUGCCGGAUGGGAUGAAACCUAGUGAGCUUGAAAUGAACGACGUGUUUGGACUCACGGCGCCGAGAGCGAGUCGACUCAUCGCCGUGCCGACUAAAAGGGUCGUGUGCCCACUCUGAGCAUGGGUCUGAGUGACGAGGUUUAUACCAAGUACGUAUGAACAGAAGAUGUCGGAAAAUUAAGGGAAACCGCAUGGCUUUCGAAUUAUGAAUAUUUUGGGAAGAACCCAGAAAAAGAAAUAAUGUAAUAGGGAAGAUAGAAAAGAAGAGGGGAUUUGAAUGAUCUCUCCCAUUGUGUAUAAACACUCCUUUUUCAUUUGUUUCUUGUGAUUUUCAUCAAUUUUUGUUCUUGAUUUGUUCCUUAUACUUCUGCUAUUGUAUUCAAAAUGUCCAAUAAAGAGAGUAUCAGUUUGUCAUAGUGGG